GCCAAGCCUGCAGCGCACGCUCGUGGGCGAGGCCGCGGAGCUGUCGGAGCUGGCGGCGGCGGCCGACGCGGCCGUGGAGGUGGUGCUCUGCCUGGUGGGCCUGGCGCGGCCGCGGGCGCCGCAGGGGCCUUCCCGCCCGCCGCAGCAGGCGCCGCGGCGGCAGCUCCCGCGGGCGGCGCGGGUGGGGCGCCUGUGGUGCCUGGUGUCGGCGCCUUGCCCGGGCUCCCUGGCGCCCUUGGCGGUGCUGGAUGCGGCGUGCCGCCCGCCCUGCCUGCGGGCCCUGGCGCAGCGGCUGCUGGAGGUGGCGGCGUUGGCGCGGCGUUGGUCGGCGCUGUGGCUGCAGUCGGCGCUGGCGUUGCAGGAGCUGCUGGGGCGCGCGGUGGUGCCAGCCGCAGGCGUGCAGCUCGGUGCCUUGGUGGGCGGCGCUUGGACGCAGGCCUCGACCUUGGUGGGAGCGAGCUGGACCAAGGGGCUGACGCUCGAGGUCCCUACCCACGACUCCGCAGGAGUCAUCAGCGGCACCGCGCUGUUCGAGGUGGACGAGGUCGGAUUGCCUGGCGCGGCGGGGCAGUAUCUUAGCGCCGAGUUCAGGGGAGCGUCGCUGCCUGCGGAGGCGAUGCGCUUGGACGGCGCCUUCCCCGCGCGCGGUGCAGGGCCCUCAGGGCUGCUGCACCUGUGGGCGCAGGGGCCCGCGCGCUGUGGCGAGCCUGCUCAAGCUGGACGCGCUGUGCUGCGCGUGGAGUGGCUGCGGCUUCGCUCGGCGCGCGGGCUGGUGGAGCCCUGG